AUAUAUAUAUAUAAAUCAACAAAACAAACGCUGCUUUUCUUCGUACGCUGUCAUCAACAACAAUAUAUUGCUGCCAUUUUUUUCCCCGUCCCUGUGGCAACGGCAGCUGCUUUGCUAGUCGGAAUGGAAAAAGGUCUCGCUGGAAUGAAGGCAGCCACCGAGUGUUCAUGUUGAUGUUCAACAGUCAGUCGAGGCGCACUGCUGGCGGAACCCAAGUUCGCUUGUAAAAAAAAAAAAAAUGGUGGAUUUCAAGUGUGUUUAGCUCGGCGGGAACGGUUUUAUUUAGGUUGUUGUUGCCAAGACAACAUUGCGAGGUGUCGACGCGAGCUAGCCAGCGAUUCCAGCGAAGCCGACUGGGCGUCUGGAGCCAUUGAUGCCAGUUCAGAUCACCAAAGGUGCCACCUGCACACCCUCCAAGUGCUUCUCGUGACAAAUCUGGAGAAGUUGUGAAGCUAACGCUGCACGUUUGGGCCAGCCAUGUCUGAAAACGCCCCCACGCGAAGCCUGGACGACAUCGACCUGGCAGCUCUGAGGGAUCCUGCAGGAAUCUUCGAGCUGGUUGAGGUGGUCGGCAAUGGGACUUAUGGGCAGGUGUACAAGGGCCGCCAUGUGAAGACGGGCCAGCUAGCGGCCAUCAAGGUGAUGGAUGUUACAGAGGAGGAAGAGGAGGAGAUCAAAGCUGAAAUCAACAUGCUGAAAAAAUACAGCCACCACCGCAACAUAGCCACGUAUUACGGUGCCUUCGUCAAGAAGAGCCCACCAGGACACGAUGACCAGCUUUGGUUGGUGAUGGAGUUCUGCGGGGCUGGCUCAGUGACCGACUUGGUGAAAAACACAAAGGGGAGCUCUCUGAAGGAGGACUGGAUUGCAUACAUCUGCCGAGAAAUCCUUAGGGGCCUUUCCCACCUUCAUGCCCAUAAAGUCAUCCACAGAGACAUCAAGGGCCAGAAUGUUCUGCUCACAGAGAACGCAGAGGUCAAACUUGUUGAUUUUGGAGUCAGCGCCCAGCUGGACAGGACUGUCGGGCGUAGAAACACCUUCAUCGGUACGCCUUACUGGAUGGCGCCAGAAGUCAUUGCCUGCGAUGAAAAUCCUGAUUCUACCUACGACUACAGGAGUGAUAUCUGGUCCUUGGGAAUCACCGCCAUCGAAAUGGCCGAAGGAGCGCCUCCACUGUGUGACAUGCAUCCAAUGAGAGCCCUCUUCCUGAUUCCCAGGAAUCCCCCUCCUAAACUGAAAUCCAAAAAGUGGUCUAAGAAAUUUAUUGACUUUAUCGAGGCCUGCCUUGUGAAGACGUAUCCCAGCCGACCGUCCACAGAGCAGCUGCUCAAGCACACUUUCAUCAGGGACCAGCCUACUGAGCGGCAGGUCCGGAUUCAGCUCAAAGACCACAUUGACCGGACGCGCAAAAAAAGGGGGGAGAAAGAGGAGACAGAAUACGAGUACAGCGGUAGUGAUGAAGAGGAUGAAAAUCGUAGCGAUGACAGAGAGUCCAGCUCGAUCCUCAAUGUGCCUGGAGAGUCCACCCUGCGUCGGGACUUCCAGCGUCUCCAACAGGAGAACAAGGAGCGGUCAGAGGCCCACAAGAGGCAGCAGGCCCAAUUGGCUGCUCAGCGCAGGGACCCUGAGGAACACAAGAGGCAAUUGCUGCAUGACAGACAGAAACGCAUUGAGGAGCAGAAAGAGCAGCGUCGGCGACUGGAAGAGCAACAGCGAAAGGAGAGAGAAAUGGUGAGGCAGCAAGAAAAAGGGCCCCAUCGGCGACUCGACGAUAUGAGACGGGAGGAAGAUAGAAGAUUGGCUGAAAGAGAGCAGGAGUUUAUAAGACAUAAGUUAGAGGAAGAGCAGCGGCAGCUAGAAAUCCUUCAGCAGCAGCUGCUUCAGGAGCAGGCACUGCUUAUGGAGUAUAAGCGUAAGCAGCUGGAGGAGCAGCGUCAGUCGGAGCGGCUGCAGAGGCAGCUACAACAGGAGCAUGCUUACCUGGUGUCGCUGCAGCAACAGCAACAGGAAAAGAAGCCCCAACUCUACCACUAUAACAAGAACUUGGAGCCCAACAACAAACCCACCUGGGCCCGCGAGGUGGAAGAGCGAAGUAAGCUCAACAGACAGGGCUCUCCAAAAAUCUGUACCACUGUGUCCGACACGGCCAUCCAGUCACGCUCAGACUCAAUCAGCCAGUCUGGAGUGGGCCAGUCUGCUCAGACGCCCCCAAUGCAGAGACCUGUUGAACCUCAAGGGGUGCAGGGCAAGUUCCAGAUGGCCCACUUGGUGCCACUAAAGCCUUACGCGGCCCCUGUCCCACGCUCCCAGUCUCUGUGCGACCAGCCUACUAAGACCAUGUCCGCGUUCCCUACCCAGGACCCGUCCCUCGCCCCCACGCCCCGACCCAUCCACUCCAGAGAGCUAGUGCGUCAGAACUCAGACCCCACGUCUGAGACCCCCGCACCACAGGCACACCUAAUCAGGGAGGAUCGUGGGCCCUGGAUCCGCUUGCCAGAUGUGGAACUCCCGCCCAAGAUUCCCCAGAGGACCGCAUCAAUUGCCACGGCUCUCAACAGCAACCUGACUUCUGGCAUUCGGCAUCCAGUGAGAGCCAGUAAUCCGGAUCUCAGCCGAAACGAUCGCUGGGAGAGAGGCGACAGUAUUGGCAUCAUAUCUAAUCUGCCGCAGACGGGCUCGUUGGAGAGGCACCGCAUCCUCAGUUCCUCCAAAAUGGAUUCACCGAUUCUAUCCCAUGAUAGCCGUCAGAAGCCAGGGGAGUCUCGCACCUCUUCUCGCCCAGGGCGUCCCGCUGACCACGGCCUCUUUGCCAAAGAGCGUGCUGAGGAACAGCCGAGGCCCCCAGUCAAGGCCAACGAUUACUCCUCGUCCUCGGAGAGCAGCGAGAGUAGUGAAGAGAGCGAAAAUGGAGAAGGGGUAGACGAGGAGGAGAGCCCCACUGAUCGUCACAGGGAUGCCGACACCGAUUCAGUCAACACGAUGGUGGUUCAUGAAGACGAGGGCGAGGAGGCAGAAGGAGAGCAAGCUGGAGGUUAUGGAGAUCAGACCAUGUUGGUGCAAAGGACCCCAGAGAAGCGGAGCCACAAUGGAUACACCAACUUGCCGGAUGUGGUGCAGCCCUCCCACUCCCCCACUGAUUCCGUCGCACACUCUUCCCCUGGGAAGGACUCCGUGUAUGAUUAUCAGUCCAGAUGUUUGGUCAAGGCACCUGGCAAGUCCUCCUUCACCACUUUUGUGGAUCUUGGAAUGUACCAGACACCGGGAGGUGCCGGGGAUAACAUCUCUGUUACCAGCUCAAGGUUUGAACAGCUGAAGAUGGAGGUGAGGAAAGGUUCCAUGGUGAAUGUGAAUCCCACCAACACGCGGCCCCCGACUGACACACCGGAGAUCCGAAAGUACAAGAAGAGGUUCAACUCCGAGAUCCUGUGUGCAGCGCUUUGGGGUGUGAACCUGUUGGUGGGGACGGAGAACGGUUUGAAGCUGCUGGACCGCAGUGGACAGGGCAAAGUUUAUCCACUCAUCAACUCUCGCCGGUUCCAGCAGAUGGACGUUUUGGAGGGCCUCAACCUGCUCAUCACGAUUUCAGGCAAGAAGAACAAGGUGCGCGUUUACUACCUGGCCUGGCUGAGGAAUAAGAUCCUGCACAAUGACCCCGAAGUGGAGAAGAAGCAAGGCUGGACCACUGUGGGCGAGAUGGAGGGCUGCGUGCACUACAAAGUUGUGAAAUAUGAGCGGAUAAAGUUUCUGGUGAUCGCUUUGAAGAAUGCGGUGGAAGUGUAUGCUUGGGCGCCCAAGCCUUAUCACAAAUUCAUGGCCUUCAAGUCAUUUGCAGACCUGCCACACAGGCCUGUCCUUGUGGACCUGACUGUGGAGGAGGGUCAGAGGUUGAAGGUCAUCUACGGUUCCUGUGCUGGCUUCCACGCCAUCGACGUGGACUCUGGAAACAACUACGACAUUUACAUCCCGGUUCAUAUCCAGAGCCACGUGACGCCGCACGCUAUCGUGUUCCUGCCCAGUUCCGACGGGAUGGAGAUGCUUCUGUGCUACGAGGAUGAGGGCGUCUACGUCAACACGUAUGGACGCAUCAUCAAGGAUGUGGUCCUGCAGUGGGGAGAAAUGCCGACAUCUGUUGCUCAUAUCUGCUCCAAUCAGAUCAUGGGCUGGGGAGAAAAAGCCAUCGAGAUCCGUGCCGUGGAGACUGGACACCUGGACGGCGUCUUCAUGCACAAGAGAGCUCAGAGGCUCAAGUUCCUUUGCGAGAGGAACGACAAGGUGUUCUUCGCCUCGGUGCGCUCGGGAGGCAGCAGCCAGGUGUACUUCAUGACCUUGAACAGGAACUGCAUCAUGAACUGGUGAAGGAACAGGAUUUGGAGAAGGGAGGGCGUCCAACAUUCUCUCUCUCUCUCUCUCACACACGCGCGCGAAAGCUUGCAAUAUACAGUAUUUACACACACACUGAUGAACAUAGAUUUAGAAGAAUUAAAAAGAAAUGCACACAUGGUCGGGAAAAAAGAAAAUAAAAAAUGCAGUCUUUAAAUUGAUUUCUGCAUCCCUUCUAAUAACUCUAAUAAUUUCUCACUGUACCCAUCACAAAAAGUCAUUUGAUGAGCUCCAAUUGUUCAUAGCAUUUCUUUGUUUCUAUUCUUGUCCUGAUUCCCGUUACUUGGUGGACCAUUGCUCAUUCAGAAGCGUUAGGUUUAUAAUUGUGAAGUACUGUACAUUCCUAGAUGGUUCUCCGGGUACAUGAGUUAUUUAGCAAGACCCGUGUUGUCAAAAUUGAGCUGUAAAUAGUGCCGACCGCCGAAUGGUUUGCAGGUCUCUUCCGGCGGCGUCGUCGUCGUCGUGACGCCGCACGAUCCGGGCACAGGAGUUGCCGGCACGCCCAUCUGCUGUAGCUUUCGCCUCCCAGAUGUUUCGGGGCUUGCGAGAAUUUCAUGGAGGCUUCGAGGCCUUCGUGCAAAAGGGACAUUUUGGGCCAGCUCAUCCCAAAUGAGAGCGGAUCUGGGAGUCUUGCUUUUGCUCGUGUCUCAGUCACUGCAGAAAACAUAAGUAGUCAUAACUGCGCAGUACUCAGUGACAGUACUGUAAAACAUCUUGGGCUUUUUUUCUUCUUCUUCUUCUUUCUUCUUCUUCAGCUGAGGCAAACCAAUGAGCCUCGCCCAACUUGUAUCUAGCAUUUUUCAUAGAUUUACAACAAAUUUGAUAUUUAUAUGUAGUGAUUCUGAAUUACUGGUAUUCUUGAUUUUGCUCUACUGUAAUUAUAUCUCGAUAUAUGCUGUAAUCGUGCAGUCUUUGUUUGAUGAGGAGAGCGUGUUAGUGUCUGUGGCCCAGUGUGCUGACGUAACGGAGGAGGAGCGCGACGGUCGCUCGCCGCCUCGAAAAUACUCCAGUUGUCGUGUGGAUCUGUUAUGAGCGCUAGCGCACCACGGCUAAUAUUUGUUCCGAGCUGAUAGAAAGACCACAUUUUUGCGUGAUAACGGAGGCCUGCGUCUCGUGAUGGUGGAUUUCUUUAUAUGCACAUUGCUGAAGGUCAUGGUACUGUAUACACUGCUGCAUGGGGGAUGAAUGCAGGGCAAAGGAAGAGCGAGUUGAGACGUUGAGAAGACUCUUCCACCCAGAUGUCUUCUCCAUCUUCUGUAUGGCGACACUGGUUUGCGCUUGGAACACCGCAGACGGUUUUGACAGCAGUAGGGAGGAGACGUGCGAAGAGUUGCAGAAAUACUCUGGCUCUCUGGAUUUCACUCAGCACUUAAGUUAGCAGGGAUUUGUUUUGUGUUGAAAGGAUGGCGUCGUUGCGCUGUGGCACAUUGUGUGAUGACGGUGAAGAGAUGUUUAUAUAUUGUCAAGCCAAAAGUGAUGGAUAUAAAAAUAUAGAAAUGUACAAUAGCUUGAGCAGACACUCGAGUGUGCAUGUAAGCCAUUGAACUAUAAAAGUGUGUCGGAGUUGUUUUCCCCCUUUUUUUGAGAUUGCGUUUCCUAAUUGUUGUUGUGCGCCAUGGCCGACAUUUCACACAGGACUAUUGGCAUGUUUUUGUUUUUUUUUUGCUUUUUCUGGGGUUCUUUUAUCGACAUGUCAUGUUUACAGUUUAAGCAGUGCCUUGGAGUUGGGACGACAAUGUUAAAAGAUAUUAUAGAAUGGGUUUAAGCCUCGCCCCUAAUCGCUUACUAACCGGAACGAGAGGCCUAAUUUGUAUCCUUGUUAUGAUUGUUAGCAUCUGCCCCUUAAAGUGCACUUAAAUCAUUUAAAUGCGUAUUGACAUACACGUGAAAACAGGACAAUUCAAUGAGUCGUCAUUCUGAAAUUGGCAAUAACAAAGAAUUGACCAGUUAAUCCAUGAAAUAUUAAAAAAAAAAAAAAAGAAAAACAAAAACAAAAAAAGUUCCAGACUGGAGUGGGAGCCGGGAUAGAGCAAAGCCAUACUUGUGAAAUGUGUUUAGUGACGUCCGCUCGUAGAUUGCCGCAACAAAGAUAAGGUCGGCGCUUACUCUUCAGUGUUGCUAAUGUAAACGUCGUAAUGGGGAAAGUAGCCUGACUAUAUUUAGAGAAGUCUAUUUUAUAACAAAAAAAAAAUGUGUAAAUUAGUCUGAGAAAUAACAGUGAAUGUACUUCUAUCUAAGAGAGAUUUGUAUUUAUAUAAAAAACGUGUGCCGCUCUAUUAGUCCAAGCACAAUGUGUAACGGUAUAUUUUCUCAGUUGGUCGUCAGGGAUGAGAGAAGCAAGUCGUCGCCUGUGUGGGUGCGGACCAACGUGAAGGCUGCCGGCGUCUUAGCUUUGGUUUGUGAUGAGACUCUCGAGGUCACUUGGGGGGGGUCAAUGUUGGGUGGGGGUCCACCAUCUGCGAAUAAGCUCAGGCGAUGACAGCCUUGGUGAUCACACAGGAGGUGCACGGAUGUGACGCCUUUUGCCAGGUCGCUUGGAGGCUCUUGGUUUGGAAGUUGAGAUGGGACGUUUAAAAAAAAAAAAAAAAAGAAAAAUGGUCCGCUGAUGAAUGUACACUUGCGUAAUACUUUUAAUUGUAUUCCAGCUGGUGUGAUGAACGAACAAACGCACGUGACAGUUUCACAUCAAGCACACGAGAUGCACUACAGACGCACAAGAAAGUUCAUCACAAACGGAUAGCAAUGGGGUUGAGGUCCGGGCUCUGAGGUUCUUCCACACCAAACCCAUCGGGUCGAUAUCAUCUGAUGUGUGUAAAAGCACAGUGUCAGCCUUUUUUUUUUGGCUGCAAUAUUUUUAUUACUCGCUAUUUCACCGAGAGCCUAGAGGAUAAAUUGGAUUCAGGUAUCCACUGAGUGCAGAAAUCAGAUCACACUUUGAUUUGAAAUAGUAACUUAUAGGCACAUUUUGUGCGUCUCAAAACGGCCAAAAUGGCAUCACUUCAGAUUUUGUUCCGAUGUCAUUUCGGAGUUGGUUUGCAGUUACACACUUUAGAAACUAUUGGAGUGCACAAGCGUGAUACAAUGUGCUCUUCUAUGGCCACGCAUUCCUAGUUUCAAUUUCAUUUUCACUCGUUAACCAUUCCUAUCUCAAAAAAGAAAUCAAGCUUAAAUUUGUUUUUAGGCCCCACAGCUCUUAAUUGCUUUAGUUUAUUGUUAAAAUGUCCCUGGUUCGUUAUGUCCAUUCAGUUUCAUCCCAAGAGCCUUCAAAAUGAGUUUGACAUGAGAGUGAGGGACCGUGAGAUUGGAUGUUUAUCGGCAGUCAGGAUGCACAAAAGUGAGACGGGAAAGCAAUACAAGCAUUUGAUCAAUUCAUCCCAGCGCGGCUUCAGGAAGUGAGGUUUUAGCGACCUUGUUGGUGAAUCACUCUUUCGGGAUAUGACUUGGUUUUGCUAUACAGUGUCAUUUUUGUUUUUUCUUUUGUUCCAAUUUAAGGGAUUGUGGCUUUUCUGUGUUAGUUUUUCACAAUCAGUAAGUAGCUGUGAUGCUCAGUCUUGUUUUGCUUUGACAGAAUCCCAAAAUUGCCUUUAUGAGUUAGACAUAUUCAUAAAAGUGGAUGAUAACUAAUCAUCUACAUAAGACCGUGAAGCCAAUCAAUAAUAGUUGAGCCCGAGAUUUAAAGACUUUUGAAUAUAAUUUUUUUUUUUUUUUAUGGCAGUAAACAUUGCAGUAUUUUGUGUUUCUUAUUUGUGAGAGGUAAACUCCAGAGUGUAUUUCAUAAGCUCUUUAAGACUUUCAAAAGAUUGUGUUCAUGUCUAAUACAAAAUAAAAUUCUCUUCAUCUCACAA